AGCAAGUCACGCCGGAAAAUGUCAUAGCGUGUCGACAAUCAGCUGAAAAGAGAAAAUACUCUUGUGGAUAUUGUGAGAGACUUGAUCUGAGAUUUAUCUGCAAUUUUGAUAGAAUCUUUGUGUUUUGAGGCUAUUCCUUGUGUUUUGAAGACUUCCGGUGUUAUCAGAAACUAGAUACUGUUGCUCAGAAAUAACCGAACAGUAGGGUCAUUCAAACCAGGUGUUUCAGUGAUAAGACCAAGAAUCUUCUAGACUCAAACCAGCACCUCCCACCAGUCACAUCGCUCUAUUUCUGUCAAACCAACCAAUCACAACGCCGUAUUCCUGCCACGUGACCCGAACCAACCAAUCAGAGACAUGGUUACCACCACCCCCCAGAACAAGAUCACAACAAACAACCCGGACAUGACGACUAACCACCCUGAUGUAGUCACGGUGAGCUGGGUAUCAGAGAUGCUCUCCAGUGCUAUGACUGAAGCUGCUACCACUCUCAGUACUAUGGUCACUCAGUCUGCCUCCUUCAACCCUGUUCAGGUGCAGACAGAAGGGGAGACAGUGUUCGCAGAUGAUAGUACGUUAAACAAGAGUGGAGAUUAUGGUACAACGACGGGAACCUACCCAACAAGCUCGUGGUACACCUCCAGCAGUACUUUCUACACUGAUUCCUAUACACAUCUUACAGAUGAGAAAUCAUACCACGAAGCUGCGGAGAUAAUUCUGGCAGUAUUUUUUAUCGUUCUCACUUUAGCGACUAUUGUAGGUAACAUGAUGGCCCUGACUGUUUUCACUCGGAUACCUCUCUCAAAGACUGUAUCCGUUAUCUUCUUUACCAGUAUGGCUAUUGCUGACCUUUGUAACGGUAUAUUUGUGAUGCCGUUCUCAGUCUACAGUCUACUGAACGAGAACAGGACAAUCAGUGGACUAGAGGGAAAUUCUACUGGCAGUACUUUCAACGAAGCUUUACAAAGUUAUUGUACUUUCUCAGGAAUCGUGAUGAACACGUCAAGUAAAGCUGCCUUGUUUACCCUAAUCCUAAUUUGUUUUGACCGGUUUAUCUCUGUGCACGACGCGCUGCACGUGCACCUUAUCAUGACAGUGAAGAACUGUCUGAUACUAGUGAUCACGUGCUGGGUCUCUGCCCUGCUAUUGGCUAUCUUCCCUUAUCUUAUACCUGAUGACGCUGUCAUGGAUACCAGCGAGAACAGACCUUUUAAAGUUAUUAACUAUCAGUAUGUCCCCCAGUUUACCCAGUGCUCGUACCGAGUAGAGGACAUGUUUGACAUCUUCAAAGUGGGAGAAUAUGUAGGUCUGUACAGAUACGUGGAGAGGAACGUGAGCUUAGUGCAGAAGAACGACAGUUACUCGGGGGACUACUGGGAGAUACCGGGGAGAACCCCAGAUCUGGUGGCGUACCCUCCGUACGUGUCCACAGCGUACUUCUUCGUUAAUAUCCUGCCAAUUGUUGUCCCUACUUACCUUAUCGUCUUCUUUUGUGUGGCUGUGAUAGUGAUUCUACACAGGAUAUUCAAGAACUCAAAACGUAUAAUACAGCAGAUUGAGCCGCCCGAUUUGAAAAGGAACCGCUCAUUCAGAGGGUCAGUUGCCCUGACUAAGGAACUUAGAUCUCUCAGUUUCAAGAGGAAAGCGGCAGAGAAACCUAUUACAACCCAGAUGAGCAAGGUUGAUGCUGGUUACACGGAGAUACACACGGGGCAAGGAACUGCAUCUGAGGACUUGGAGGGUAAAGUCGUUCUGAGGCGAACUAGUAGAAAAAUUAAAGAGGUUAACGUAAACAAUACCCGAAGUCCGAACCUGGCCCGAGAUCGGUGGAGCCAGAUCAGUGUUAAGAGUUUGCAGAAAAGAACUAAAGCAGAUCAUCAGAAGAAAGCCAUUAACACAGUUAUACUUAUGUUGAUGUUCUUCGUAUUCUGCUAUGCUCUUGAGUGGUUCAACAUAUUCAAUGGUUUUUUCCUAUAUCUGGGUAUAAUGAACUCAGUGCUGGAAGGCAUGAAGGCGGCCGCUAUCAGCUACUACUGUACACUUACUACUAUUAUGAAGUAUCUGAACUGUGCUGGCAACCCUUUCCUUUACUAUUUCAGGAUGUCCCAGUUCCAGAAGGAAGUUAGGGGACUGACUCAGAGCUGGAAUGGAACAACGAAUAACAAGAUUCAGACUUCUGGAAGAUCGGGCCGCUCCAAGAAGGGGUACGUUUCCCUGGUGGGAGGCAAGUCCAGCUCCAGUCUAAAGGCCCGGAACAAGUCGUCCAGUAGCUAUAAAUACCGACCCUCGUGGUCCAUAUCCCGCGGGUCACCACCUAGGUGAUACGUUACCUAGGUGAUACGUGUUGGAGCACCUCUAGACAAGUGUCCGGACCGUCACGACCCAUUUCCUCACACCGGGACUCCGCCUACAGGCUGUCAGAUAACCUGAGUCGGGGCUCGUUCAAACACCGGGGUAGUUUCACCAGCAGCUACAAAGGUACACCUACUCUCCGGGGCAACUCAUUCAGGAAACCCAAGGAUAUCAUCGUGUCGGGGCCAUCUCAUCGCAUUGAGUAAAAUAGAUGAAAUUAGGUUUUAUUGAUCAUAUAGGACAAGGAUUGCUCUAACCAGAGCCCUCUCGCUUGCAGUAGCGCGCGACCGCCGAAUAUAGGACAAGAAGGAGACCAUCCUCCCAGAAGACUGUUUGGGUAGCUAGGAGACUGGAGUCGCUGUUAGGUUUUAUGGCUACAAUGUGUUUCAGCUGGAUCAUUUCCUGUCGUUACUUGUUCAGACAACACGUGGUGACUACUCUAGAGUGUUGUUGAUGCCGCGGUUAUUUCCUGAGGUUAUUUCCCGCGGUUAUUCCCCAUUUCUUGCGGUUAUUUACCGUUACAAGUUAGUACGGGCAGGCAAUAUAGAACAUAUGCCUCAAGUGAUGAGGUAUUCAGUGAUUUGUUGCUGAUGAUAAAACUUAAAAGUCCAUUGACAAUCACAGUCAUUCAGCUCAUUUUUUAUGAUGAGCAAAUUAACUAGAUAACGAUUUUUGAUAAUAAUUACGUUUUUUUUACCGAUCUCUGAUCUAUUUAUUUAUUCGUAUUGAUGAAAAACGGCUUGGCUUCGCGACUGAUGAUGU